UUUUUUUUUCACAUGAACAAUCAUAAGGCAGGCAGCCUGUGACAUUUUGGCUGGUGGUGAUCUCCGCCUAGUUCUGUUUACACAGUUGUCUCCAUUCAUUCAGAGAAAGAAAUCAGUUCCCCAGUGGUAGCAAGCUUGCUGAUAAAAGGCUCCAACUCUGUGCACUGGAGUGACAGAGUCAAAUUCCUAUUCCCAGCCUAUGCACAGACUUCUUAAACAAACUCCUUUUCUUUUAAGUUUAGCCUGGAAAGAAAAAGGAAAAAAAAAAAAAGCAUGCAACUACAGCCCCACCGGAGGUUGCAAUGUUGUAGCAGCUGUCAUGUAGACUCUCUGGAGAAAUGAUCUCAGCUCGAGCAGGAACACUCAGGAUCUCAUUCACAUUGCUCUGCUCCUGGAUCUUUAGGAUUUGGGGUGGGAGACGCCCAAAAAGCAAAAGGAAUUUAUUGCUGCUUUUCACUGCUUGCGUGCUCUAUGGGAUUUUUAUAGUCAGCAAAGUGGUCUACCUAUGGCCACAUCAGGGGGACGAGAAGAACCCACCUCGCAACAGAGCCCUGGGAGAUGCCUCCACUAAACCACCUCAGGCACAUCUGCAGCAUGGCAACUUCUACAUGGUGAGUGAGCUGUCAGAGGGGGGCGUCCCGAGCACCCUUCCAGCAGCAACUCUGAAACCCAAUGUGGUGUACAUCACUCUGAGGUCUAAAAGAAGCAAACCAGCCAACAUCAGGGGCACGGUGAAGCCCAAGAAGAGGAGAAAAUAUGCGGCACAGGUGCAGUUUGAGCAUAGCCAAGGCAUCCUGCAGCAGGGUUUCAACAAACAGAUGGACCAGCAAAGGCUGGGAGAAGGGGAAGGAGAUGCCACUGCAGCCAGGGAUGGGGCUGUUAUCCUGCUGGCUGUACCAAGAGGGAAGACUAGUGCACACCAAAGCAACAUUAGGAUUUACAGCGACAGUGCCCCGCCUUGGUUCAGUGCAGAAGACAUCAGGGCAAUGAAGUUUUUAGCUGACUGCAAAAUCAAGAGAGUUAAGCAGGUGCCUGCAAGUCACGGUGACCUGAUCCUGUUUGAGAACCCGUCCAAGAAAAGGCCAUUUUCACUAGCACCUACCUCUGCCUGCCAGGGGAUCUGUGGGCUUAUUAAAAGACCCCUGGAUAUGAGCGAAGUAUUCGCGUUCCAUUUGGAUCGGAUCUUAGGGAUUAACAGAACGUUGCCAUCUGUGAGCAGAAAGUUUGAGUUCGUCCAAGGUAAGAGGAUCUAUUGUUCUCUCCUAGUCAUCAUCUGGUUUCCUGCUUUACACACAGGACAUGGAAUGGCUCAGUGAUACUGUCAUUGUGGCCUUCCAUAAAUCAAGCUCAGCACUGCAGCUCCAUUAAGAAGUGCUUAUCUGGAAAGGAGCCAUGCUUCCUUUUAAGAGAUAUUUCGCAAGUUCAACAUAUGUUGCACAAUUACUUAUGUUAUGUUUCCAUUCCAUUAAAAAAAAAUGUUUUCAGAGUGAGAAUUUAUCAUUUGGGUAUUCUACACAAAACAUCUCUCAUAGCUGGUAUACAAAGAAUUCAUUACAACAUCUAUUUAAACUAUUUGCCUUUCCACUUACUAUUCAUUUAUGGUGAAUUUCAAAUGUAAGACCAUAAUCGAACUGGAAUUUUUUUCUAAAUCAGCUAUGCUUCUGCAAAUCUGGCCUUAAAUUUGAAAAUCACUUUGAGUUCUCAGUUUACUUAAUAACACUUUAAUACUUAAUAGCUGUUUUAGUGAAUCAAUAAGAUAAAAUGUUUUGUUUUGUACAAAUGUAUUAUUCGUGGCAAUUAAUUCAUUCUUUAUUUUAUAAUUUUUUUUAUUAAAUAUGUUUUUCGUUGCAGGAGUUAUCCAUUUGUAUAAAAACAUAAUAUAGGAUAUUUUCAUAUCAAUUACAAGUGUUCACUCAUUACAGUAUAGAUAAUAAACUCAACAAAAAGCUGAAGUUUAAGUUAACCCUUUCCCUGUUGAGCAUUUUGCAAAUGCUCAUAGGUUUCAUGAUAUAGUGGAAAGUAAAUGGCAAUGUUGGUUUGAAACUCAUAUUGCAUAGCUGGUAAAUUAAUUAAGAACACAUUCAUACUAUGGCCAUAGGUGUUCAGGGACAACUAACAAUUGGUACAGUUACAGCAACAUAUUGUUUUAUUUAGUUGUUUGGGUAUUGACCGGUAACAAAAUGUUGGGGUGUAUAAUAUUUUAAAGGCUAAUGUUUUCCUUUAUGCAUGCAUAACUGAUUAAAUAGAAUACAAAUGGAUACAUUUAACAAAUGUACAUGGAAAUGCAGGUUCCCAAAAUGCCAGCAUAUUGUGUAAAAUGAAUCUGUAUGUGACCAUAAUUUCAUAGAGCAAGCAUAAAGCACCUGUGGAAAACUCAAAGUACUGUAACUAAUUACACUGAAUAAUAGACUAAUAAUUCAGCCUGUAUACAGAACCUUUCCUCCACUAGUCACUCUCCCUCCCCUGGCUAUGUAUUCCUAGUUACACAGUUAGCUCGCUGUCUAGUUUGACAAAAAGACUAAAGUCCAUGAAGUUCAAUACUGAAACCCAUUCGUUUAUGCUGUUGAUUCCAAAAAACAAAACACAAAUUAAAAACCCAACAACAAUUAUAGCAAUUUCCAAUUAUGCCACAAAAAUGGAAAAAAAAUAUUUUGUGACUCAAUAAAAACAAUCACAUUUUUCCUUGUAUCAACAACCUGUUCACCUACAUAAUAAUUAUAUCCUUGAAUAUUCUAUUUUGCAAAAAUAAAAUAUAUAUAUAAUCUGAUAAGACAACCUCUUUAGGCAGAGAAUUCCACAUCUUUUUUUUUUGUUCUUACUGUAGAGAACACUUACCUCUGCUGUAGAAGAAAACUUGACUACUCUAGGCUCAAUGGGUGAUCUCCCAUUUACUGCUCUCAAUCCCUCCCUACAGAAAAUUAGGGCUGUAGCAGGGACAAGCCAUAUGUCAGAAGCCAGGUGAACACACAGUGUAGGAGAUUAAUAAUAAAACCACCACUGGUGUGCAUGUGGAGCGCUUAAAUAUAUACAGACUCACCCAUAUGGGUUGUAUACAUAUGUAUGAGGAACGUAUCUCACAACAGUAUCUGAAACAGAUAUAAGUGCAAAUGGUACAAGUAACGUUUACGAUAAAUUCAGUGAGUAAAUAUUCUAUAUGGUCUCACUCACAUGUAGCAGAGCCCUAUAGGAUAGGCUCAGGUCUCAACAGCCUGUGUGUGCUUAUGGUGACACAGUACCCAAUCGGUCCUUUAAUCGUCAGAAGAUCCUUAUGCAUACAUAACGAUUAAGGGACUGAUUGGGUAUUGUGUACAUGUGAGUGAGACCAUAUAGAAUAUUUACUCACUGAAUUUAUCAUAAACGUUACUUGCACCAUUUGCACUUAUCUGUUUCAGAUACUGUUGUGAGAUACGUUCCUCAUACAUAUGUAUGUCAACCCAUAUGGGUGAGUCUGUAUAUAUUUAAGCGCUCCACACGCACACCAGUGGUGGUUUUUAUUAUUAAUCUCCUACACUGUGUGUACACCUGGCUUCUGAAUCAAUUUAUAGGGAGGAGAGUCCCUAUUUUCAGUGGUAGCUGCUAUUAUUGUUUAUUUCUCUAUUAAUUGUAAGCGCCUUAAAUACACACAAUUUUUUGUUUUUGUGAACAAGCCAUAUGUCCCCUACACUAUGACCUAAAUAAAACUGUCAUAGUCUACAUGUAUUAUAGCUUUGCAUGUAUUAUUUUGUGCUACAUAUUUAUAUAUAUCCUUAAUUUAUGGGUGGCCAUAUUAUUUGGUCAGAAUCACAGUUUAGCUGAGAGGCGAGAGCUAGUGUGUAUUCAUAACUCUUGACAACCAAAUGGUAUCUCUGCAACAGUUUCAGAUUUUCAAAUCGUGCUUGGUCUUGGUUGGUAAGGGUUGCAUGGGCACAGCUUGGAAGAAAAAGUAAGAAAAAUCAUGUUUAAUCUCUGGAAAGAUAGGGGCUCAGUAAACUAAACAGCCACUUCAGCAAUAUAGUAUCAGGAACACUUUAACAGAAAUUCCAACUUGCAUUUUUAAUGUUAGAGAAAUCUCCGGCUAUUUAGAUUAAAGGACUCCCUGAAAUAGUUAAUUUUGUUUUAGUUUUUACUCAACUUUCUUCAACUUUCUAAGGCUAUCACCAUACUUACCCCAAUCAUCGUCUUCUCAUAGACAAGCAUUAGCUAAAUGCCUUUCUAUGGGAGCAUUCGGUGUCUUUUGUACAGAGAGUCUAAAUUCCGAACAUUGGUCCGGCAAAGAUUGCAGGACCAUUCUAGAAAGUGUCCCUAUCGCCUUCAAAAGAGAUGUUUUUGUUGGAGCUCAAUAAAACCACUGCCUUUUCUCAGAGAAAUAUUUGAGGUUUUAUUGAAUGGUCAUAUAUAGCAAUUUAUUGUGACCAACACUGUAUUUGUAUGGUUUUGUGAAAAAAAACUGAAGAUAUCAAAAUAACUUAAUUGCAUUCUAUGAAGAAGUAAGUAAGGUUGUUGCAGUGGAUGUGAUCUGUUUGGAUCUUGGCAAGGCAUUGGAUUCAGUUAACCACAAAACGGUAUUGUGUAAAUAAAAAGCAUUUGGUUUACCAGACUGGCCUCUCACUCUGAUUGAGAACCUCUGCUAGCAAGAUACACCUAUCACACAUGGUGUAACAAAAUUAUACGCAUUACUCAUUGCUUUAACAACCUCAAGCCCCGUAUAAUAUAAGUCCAAAUGUGAGAAAGAUUUGAAGCUCCAGUUCACAGAUAGACAGUGGCAAAAGAUUUGCUCCCUCAUGCAGUAUUGCUCUAUCUCAUCCCUCAUGCAAGACACGGCUCUCAAGCUGCUCUCUCUACUCUACUCUCUGGGCCCAUGUACCAGGUUCUGACCGGCUUAUGUUGGAGGUGUCAGCAACAGACUGUCACUGUCCAUUGAUUUCCAGUAUUGGACACAGAUGCAUGCCUGUCUCUUAGCAGAUAUAGAGACUUACUCACAAUAUGUCUACUUAAUACAGUGGUAUUAUUAAUACCAUGACACUGGAAUAGCAUUAGUCUACCAUUGUUUUAAGGUUGAAUACGGUAAAACAUAUACAUUCAUGGAAGAACUUACCUACAUGUCCUGAGGCCUGUUUCAGCGACACAGUGCUCAUUAGGCAGAUUGGAUCUCCACAUUGCCUAAUCACAGGCUCCUGACAGAGACUUGGGAACGCCUGGGAAUAUAGUCAAUAAGCUUUUGUACUUUCAUAACAUAUGUAUAUAAGGAGUUAAUGUGCAUGUGCAAUCACCAUGCUCCACCAUAGGAUGUUACUUUUAAUGAUGUGCAAUUAAGUUGGUAUUUAUACUGUGCAUGUCCGAGUCCACUGUGAUGGAAUACAAUCUCCUUCAGAAUUUAACAGUGUUGAGACUUCAUUAUUCACAGAGGACUGUGGAAGGUAUCCUCGGAGAUCUGCAUCCAAUCCUAAUAUCCACAGUGGUGGUUCUUCUUACUUGUAGAACUAUUUGUGGCUGUCAGACAGAGAGCUACUAAUGCUUCUGGCAGUAAUAGAUUUAAUUAUUGAAUCUAUUUGACAUCCCACAUCAUCAUGCAAAGUAUGGUGCUGCUGAAUACUAUGUGUGUCUAAUGUGUUUCUCUGAGUGCAUGCUUCUUGUGUCCUUCUCAAUAUUAAACAUCUCACUCGACAAAAGCUAUCAGGAUUGAUUACUUCACAGGAGAAUGAUUUGGCUGUAGUAAACAGUCUUUUUUUUUUUUUUUUAAUCUAAUUAAAAAAACAUUAAUUUAUACCUUUUACUUUAAUAGAGCCACAAACUCUAUUUCUAUCACAGGAUGUGCAAACAAUGGCAUUGUACCAUAUGUUAAUUCUGUACCAUUGAGGGCAGGAUUUAUCUCCAUGACAACAGUUCGGUGUUUUGAUUUCUAUUGACCUCUUUUUUUCCCAGGACAGUAGCGCUAGAUUAUCUAUAGAGAAGAAAAUCAGUAUAAUGAAAGACAAGUAUAGUAUGUUCUGUCCUUGGUGUUAAUGGGAAAUUAUAUCUAAAAUAAUAAUUGGCCCUGUAUGAAGAUGUGUUUUCUAAUUAUCAUAAAUCUGUAUAGAAAAAGUUUAUGCAUGAGCAAACAUAUGGGAUUGGUAUUUGCAUUUUAUUAUUUUAAAUAAACUAACGACUGAUAAAGUAAUUUUCAGCAGCUUGUAUCUUCUUCUAGUUUUAUGAUAUAGUGUAGUGUAUAGUGUAGCCACAAUUGCUUUAUCUCAUUGAAGUGGUUAUAAUGUCUGGAGUCCCUUGGUUUUGUCCUCCCAUUCAGUGUUAAGCCAAGUUUAAUGUUUUAAUCCUUAUAAUUGUGCUGCCCAGCCCCUCUGUGCAUUGUAUAGGCUGAUGAGGAAGUAUUAGCCUGCACAGCAUGGUGUGUCAGCUGACCACUUUCAACCUAUGGCAGCGCCAAUUGCUGGCAUGGUCACAAGGAAGUGUGUACCCUCUACCUUAGUCAUUUUUCAAGUGGAGCAAGGCUGUGAAUGGGGUGGAAUUCUUAUUUAGUUUCAAACUACUUGAAAAUUGUUUAACACUGAAAGGAGGUAUUCAUCUUUAAUUUGUAAAAAAUACUAAAACAUGCUAAAAGAAAUAAUACAAAAAAAAAAUAAAUCCUUUCAGUAAACUAACACAGCUUAAAGGGACACUAUAGGCAUCAUUUACUUCCAGUGAUGUCGUUGAAGUCAGAAAAACUUUAACAGGUUGAAACUGGGCCAAAUUUGUCAUUUAAACAUUAAUCUUACAAUGUGGAGCUGGAUAGGCAAAAAUCAUACAGUUAACAAAAUAAGAAAUGGUGCCUUCGCAGGCUUUUGAUUAUAUCAGAGGGAAGGAAACCUGUUUGUGGUGUGUUCAUGUAAAUACAUUUUCUGGGGUAUAGGUCACUUGUUAGAAAACUGUCUACAUUGACUCUCAAAUUGCUUUUAGGUGUUUAAUUUUUGAAGUUUGAAUGGUUCUUUUGAGGGAUAGUUCACCUUUGGAAGCAUUGUGAUCACCAAACCUUGAGGGUUAUACAUAAAGUAUUGUGCCCCUUUUCAACAUCCAAUAAUAGUUACAUUGUUGUUUUUGAAGUGUAUCAAUUCUCUAUCUAUAACAGUUCUUUGGCAGCUGUUAAAAUAUUAAUAAUUAUUGUAUGUGACAUUGUAUUUUAGUCCUAAAUGUAUAUUAUGCAAGGCACACCCGUCUAUAUGAGGGUCACAGUGUACUGCAGGUUUUUUAUUGGCAUUUACUAAACAGAGAGUUAAGGUGUAUUGUGAAAACAGAAAGAGUUCACACUUCCUUUUUGGUUCAGAUCGUCAAAGACCAGAAGGGAGCAUUCUGAGGGGUCUAAACCAUACGAAGGUGCAGACAUGCCUGACUGCUGAGUAGAUCAGAGAGCCCGCUGAACUUCCAGGGAAUCAAGAUUAGAGCCUCAAUCAAUACACAGGCAUGCAUUCCAGAUUCAGUUAUGGAUACACAUAAAAAUAAACAAUCCCAGAUGCACAGGGACACUCACUGCCAGACACACACUCUCAUGUACGUACACAGUUACACAAUAAUGGUCACACACACAUACAGGUACCAAUACAUACUGUUUGACAUGUACUGUGGUUGUGGAUAGAAUUUCUUUGAUACUACUGUUAGACAAACUUUACCUUCAUACUGUAUCUGCUUCUAGCAGCUCAUCCUGCCAGGAGCGCUAGAAAAAACUGAAUGGGAGUUUGGAGAUUGUCACUUUGCAGGCAUUUUGUCAUUCACCACAGUGUAAAACUAUUUUGUUAAUUAUUUAGAGGAAAGAACACCCUUCCUUUGGAAACUAUGAUGUGAGGAUAAAACAAAAUAAUUUUGCCUAGGUAACCAAUAUAUAUUUGUUAAAUUUUUUUUAAAAAUGUAACUGUUUUUUAGAAAGAAAAAUUAUGUUGACAUUUUUUCUGACUGUGUUCAGUCCAGUAUGUGCUGUGCACAGUGUUUCUUAACAUCAGACACAAUAAUGUUGCAACAGAAGCCCUAAUCCAUUUUGCAGCACAUACAUCUAUUUUUGCUGAAUAAAGUUGUUACUUUAAACAAUGCACAAUCAUUUGUGUACCUCAUUUACUGUUAUAAGAAAAUGAAACCCAUCAUCAUCAAUGCUAUGUACUACUCUCAAACUAAAAUUGAGGAAGGGAAGGGACGCUGUUCCAUAAUCCAACAUCAGCAGUAGUGCCAUGUUUUCUGAGAGUUGGGACAUCUCGACCAUGACCCAUGCUCACACCACUGCCUCCACCACCACCACCACUACCAUCACUCUACAUCUAACGUAACACCCUUUGCAAACUGCAGCAAAUUGUGCUGCCUCUUCCAUUGGCACUGUAGCUCCUUCUACCACAGCUGGUUCAAUCAUUAUUCCUUCUUAGUGUCCCCCCCAAUAAGCAACCAAGGGAGUGUGCUGCAUAGUCUACUUUGUGUGGAUCAUCGGAGCCAAUUUAGUGAGGCCUUACAGCGGUCUUGGUGGUGAUGGGGAUGAAUCAGGUGAUGAUAAUUCUGUUUCCCUUACCACUGUAGACAUAAAACCUCUGGCCCAGGAGAUACUCAACCAUGAGAAUGAUGAUCUAGUGGAAUUACAACAGGUAAGUAUGGAAAGGAGCUAACCUGCACUCUCCUCCAGCAUCUUGUGUACCAUCUCAAAGUGUGUAUUUGCUGUAGAAUUGUCUCAUUCAACGAAGGCAGUUGAGACAUAAGCUGCACCUGCUUUCACCAGCACCAGUAGCUCACCCUCUCUCAAUGUUAUCAUCAUCAACACCACCACAACUACCUUCACCAUCAACGUCACCUGUGUGGGCACCAUCAACAUUUCCAUUAGCACUAAUCAACCAAGUGUUAUGGUUCAGGUUAGUCUUGCAACCUAUGCUUAUCCACCUGCGUCUUCAUCUGAAGAAAGGCGCAGACAUGAUCUGUGAAAAACAAAAUGUAAUUAUUUUUUAUUUUUUUUCAUCCGUUCAACCAAUUUUUUGUUGUUGUUUCUAUUAAAUAAUGUGCUAACUAUGUGUAUGGAAAUGGAAAUACAUUUAAAUAAAUACAUUACUUCCAGGAUACCCAAAUUACUUAGAUGCUGGGGGGGGUUUCUUUUUUUUUUUUUUACAAUCCAAUUGGUUAAUACCUGAAGGGGUUAAUACACAUUUUAGUCAGUAGAUCCCCAAAGUAGCUUUUUGUGUUUACAAUACCAUGAUUAAUGAUGGCAUUUUGACCAGCAUUCAAUCUGUUUCCUUCUUUUCAUAAUAUAUGUGUUGAUGGCUUAUUGUAAGCUUUAUAAAUAAAGGGCCAACUACUUCCUCUGUAAAGUGUAAAGUUCAAGUAUGUGGCAGCAGUAACAAACGACAAUACAUUUUGUCACAUAGGGUCAGGGCCGAACUGGCCCACCGGGAUACCGGGAAAAAUCCCGGUGGGCCAUCGGCACCUGGGGCCGGACAGACACCUAGGUCUUCUGGCAGCCGCUGGGGGAGCUGUGCUGUCUCUGCUCCCCACCGCGCAGCUGAAUGAGACCGGGGCCGGAAUAUGAUGUCAUAUUCCGGCCCCUGUCUCAUUCAGCAGCGCGCGAGGGCGGGAGAGCAGAGCUAGCGCAGCUCCCCCAGCGGCCGCCAGCAGACCUCCCCCAGGGAGGUAUUAGUAAUGUGUGUCAUUGUGAGUUUUUCUGUCUGUAUGGUGUGUGUGUCUGUCUGUGUCAUGGUGUCUGUCUGUAUGAUGUGUGUGUGUCUGUCUGUAUGUAUGGUGUGUGUGUGUGUUUGUCUGUAUGGUGUGUGUGUGUGUGUCUUUUUUUCCCCCCACGCAGCGUUUUGGUCUCCCCUUGACUGGCCCUGCCUCUAUAGCUGAGAUCAUCAAGCUUGAUGAUCUCAGCCAAUCCAAUGCUUUGCCAUAGGAUAGGCUGCAAAACGCCACUCCAAUCAGCAUCUCCUCAUAGAGAUGCAUUGAAUUAAUGUAUCUCUAUGGGGAACGUUCAGCACCUACAGAGUGUGGAGGCCCUGAAUGUAGGUGCACUGUCACAGGAAGCACCUCUAGUGACCGUCUGAGAGCAGAGCCAGCGCAGCUCCCCCAGCGGCCACCAGCAGACCUCCACCAGGCAGGUAUUAGUAAUGUGUGUCAUUGUGAGUUUGUCUGUCUGUCAUGGUGUCUGUCUGUAUGAUGUGUGUGUGUGUCUGUCUGUAGGGUGUGUGUGUCUGUCUGUAUGGUGUGUGUGUGUGUGUCUGUAUGGUGUGUGUGUGUGUCUGUGUGUCUGUAUGGUGUGUGUGUGUGUGUGUCUGUCAUGGUGUGUGUGCGUGUCUGUGUCAUGGUGUGUGUGUGUCUGUCAUGGGAUGUGUGUCUGUCUGUCAUGGGGUGUGUGUCUGCCUAUCAUGGGGUGUGUGUGUGUCUGUCUGUCAUGGGGUGUGUGUCUGUCUGUCAUGGGGUGUGUGUCUGUCUGUCAUGGUCUGUCUGUGUCAUGGUCUGUCAUGGGGUGUGUGUCUGUCUGUCAUGGGGUGUGUGUUUGUCCGUCAUGGGGUGUGUGUGUCUGCCUGUCAUGGUGUGUGUGUGUUUGUCUGUCAUGGGGUGUGUGUCUGUCUGUCAUGGUCUGUCAUGGGUGUGUGUCUGUCAUGGGGUGUGUGUCUGUCUGUCAUGGGGUGUGUGUCUGUCUGUCAUGGGGUGUGUGUCUGUCCGUCAUGGUGUGUGUGCCUGUCUGUGUCAUGGUGUGUGUGGGUCUGUCUGUGUCAUGGUAUGUCUGUGUCAUCGUCUGUCAUGGUGUGUGUGUGUGUGUGUGUCUGUCUGUCCGUCAUGGUGUGUGUGUCUGUGUCAUGGUGUGUGUGUGUGUCUGUCUGUCAUGGGGUGUGUGACUGUCUGUCUGUCAUGGGGUGUGUGUCUGUCUGUGUCAUGGUGUGUGUGUGUGGGUCUGUCUUUGUCAUGGUCUGUCAUGGUGUGUGUGUGUCUGUCAUGGGGUGUGUAUCUGUCAUGGUAUAUGUGUGUUUCUGUGUCUAUCAUGGUGUAUAUGUGUGUUUAAAAAGUGUUUUUGCUCACUUUCCCCCCCCCCCACGCAGUGUGCUGGUCUCCCCUUGACUGGCCCUGCCUCUAUAGCUGAGAUCAUCAAGCUUGAUGAUCUCAGCCAAUCCAAUGCUUUGCCAUAGGAUAGGCUCCAAUCAGCAUCUCCUCAUAGAGAUGCAUUGAAUUAAUGUAUCUCUAUGGGGAACGUUCAGCACCUACAGAGUGUGGAGGCCCUGAAUGUAGGUGCACUGUCACAGGAAGCACCUCUAGUGACUGUCUGAGUGACUGUCACUAGCAGUGUCACUUUGAAGCAAUGUAAACACUGCCUUUUCUCUGAAAAGUCAGUGUUUCGUUGAAAAGUCUGUAGGGACAUGCUAUAGGCACCAGUACCACUACAUUAAGCUGUGUGUGUGCGUCUGCUAGUGAGUGAGCCUGCUUGCAUGCGUGUGCCUGCUAGUGAGUGAGCUUGUGUUUUUAUGUCAAUGAGCUGAUGUAUAUCAGUGAGAUUGUUUGUCUAUGAGGCUGUGUAUCAAUGAGCUUGUGUGUGUCAUUGAGAUGUCAGUGAAAUUGCCUGUGUCUGCACGUGAGUAUGCUUACUGUAUAAUUAAACAUUUUACCCUGAAAGGACCAAUAUUUUAUAUUAUAAAAAGCAAUAUAUAUAUAUUACUCAAUCAUCUGUCAUGGCAAGACAUAGCCUUACAUAUUACACGCGACAAUAUAUGGCGCAGUGACUUAUGGGGCUGGCACAAAUUUUUUUCCCAGGGCUGCUUUGUAUCUCCAGUCGGUCCAUGCAUAGGGUUAUAAACUAAUUAAUAAACUGGGUAAACACAACAGCUCAUUGUAGUGGUUGUGGUAAUAAGAGUCUGUGCAUGCUGUCCCCGCAUUUGUAUUAAACUGUUUAAAGAUAAAAAUAACUUCUAUAUUAUCUGUUCAACUCUGGAUGGCAAUGAUAGCUCCACUUGGAUUUGGAUAGAAAAUGUGGAGCAUGCGUCACACAUUUUAUAUCCUGUAAAAAACAUAUUUUUCUGUCAAACUGCACAAAAAUGAUUUGCACCAAAACCACUACUAUGAGCUGUAGUAGUUGUGGAGUUUAGAGUGUGUCUUUAAAGUGAUUACUUAAUACCAUGGUGGGUAAAUAUUAGUAAUAGUACUGUCUAAUAAUGUGUUAAAAAAAAAAAAAAAGAAUUUAAUUUACACAUCACUAUAAUUUGUGAUACUUAAGUCAUAAAUUUGUUUUUAUUUUACUUUUUUAUGCAUUUCUGCUUUUUUUUUUAAAUUUACUUUACGUUAGUACAGAUGCUUCAAAAUGACGCUUGAGAUAGAUCUACUAAAUCACUCUUUAGUAGCUAUACCUCAAUGAAACCUUGCAUGCAAUUAAUUAUGUAUUUUUUCAUUGGGGAUAUAUUUAAAACAGCUUGAAAAAUCUGCAGAUCUCUUCUAACCAUGUACAGACCAUCUGUGGCUCUCCAAUCACAAACUUCCCAAAGCACCCCAUGACUUUGCAAGACGGAUGCUCUGAUCAAUUGCUACCUCUUGAGUUUAUCUCCACUUAGCUAAACUACCAGGAAGUAAUAGGAUUGGUAGUCUGCUUAACAGCCAGGGGGUGUAGCAAGGGUAAUUUAUAAAAGUACCAAUUUUUAUUUGAAUCUGCCCUUUUUGUAGAAUGAAAAAGAUGGCACACUAUUCACAUAUAAAGCACUUUUGCAAUCUCAAACGCAGAGUGUUCUUUGCGAUGAAAAGUGUUUAGGUCUCAGAUGGUUUUGCUUACCAUUAUCUGUAUUGCAUUUCCUCAGGAAAGUGACUCAGAUGUAAAAUUUGUCUGUUAAAUUCUGAUACUAUUGUUUGGUAACUCAGUUUCCACAUGAAUGUUGCUAAUGUUGUCUUCUUGGAAACCUAAUUAUUUCCAUUUCGUUUAACGAUACCCAUAAAAAAAUAAAUUAAAAAAAUAAGCAUCUGACUGCAAUACUGAAAAAACAAAGAGGGAGAUAACAUAUUAUAUACACACAAACAAUUAAAUGGUCACAGAUAAAGCUAAAGUAACCAUUGUGAAUUCUUGUAGCUCUCUAUGUAGCUAAAUCUUUAGCAUUAUUAUUAUUAUUAUUGGUAUUUAUAAAGUGCCAACAUAUUCCACAGUGAUAUACAAUAUAAACACACCAGUACAAAGAAUGAAGGCCCUGCCCGGGAGCUGAGGUCUAACCAUUAAAGUUCUUUCUACAGAGCACAUAGUAAGAUAGCCUGUGAGCUUACAAUCUAAAGGUUAAAUGGCAAGAGGUAACAAAGGAAUAUGGAGGUAAUAGCCAGAGAAAUUAAAGGAUAAUUGAAGCCACUGAUAUAAGGGAAUGCGGAGGUAAUUGAACGAGGAGGAAGGAUAAAAAGAUUGAGAAGGAACCAGGGUGGGGCAAUGGGUAGUGCUUAAUGGAAAUAAGGUUACUCUGUUAUUUUUUGGUUGUUGCCAGGAUAGGUGGGUACAGGCAUUGUGGCAAAACCGACCUCGCCACUGGGCAUUGGAUAAGACUGAUUGCCAGCCUCCUGCCAUGUGACUAUGGCCCCUGGGAAGUAUUGCCAUUUAAAGACAUGAUUUGGGCAUAAAAUUGAUUUGUGUUGUGCUGCUGCUGGCCCUUUAAGAACCAUCUGGGGACAUACUGUGGAGUUACUGGGUGGCCACCAUUUCAUGUAUCAGAGACACAUGGUGAGAACAAUGGAUGGCGGCCAUUUUAACUCACAGACACUGUUUUGACUUUUCUACACGUGCCAUCUCGCCGGUAUUUGGUGCACAAAGACAUUGUGCAGUAGUUUUAAACUAUACAACAGGGGACACAUUAUACAGUAAUUAUUUUUCAUAUAGCUUGUAUAUGUUCUGCAGAAUCUGCAUUAAACUGUAUCUUCCAAACUACUGAACGGAUCUGGGUGAGUUUUGGAUAUGUGGAUAUACUUUUUAUGGGGUUAUUGCAUGUUUUGGGGUCCCUGUGAUAUGUUUUAUAAUACUGUAUUUCUCUGCCUGUGAUAAUUAUAUUAACCAUUGUGUUCAGUAAUCAUAUCACAGGGAGAGGGGAGGAUUUUGUGUGGGAGUGUCUGGUUGUAUUUCAAAACCCUGUGGGCUGUACCAUGUUUGUGGAUUGUGAAUAAAAGAGGCUGUAUGUGCCAGUACAGUGAGUUCUGCUUGACCUCGAAAAGAAGUGUUGUCUUGUUAUUGGGGGAAUUGGAUCGUAUGCUGAUUGCCAGGAGUGUAAGCUGAUUGUAUGCUUUUCCUGUUCAGCUGCUUACAGCAUUCAAUGCUUGAGAGCAUUCGGAUGCUUCUCCGGUUCGGUGGUUGUGGUGUCUGCUGCAGUGCUUCGAGUCCUCAGGAAGCGCUAGGAGCAUCCUUCAACGGAGGUACCCAGUCGGGAUACCAGGUGAUCCGUUACAGGCAUUUUAACAGGAAUGUUAGACAGAGAGGGGUAAAAAUAAACUUUUGUUGUAUAUAGUUGAAAAGUUGUGUAUUAUUGAAUUUUAUAACAUGACAGGAGGCUUCAUAUUUGCUUAAGUCUCUCUUUACUAGAACUCCACAGCAGCAAAAAAACACAGAGAGUAAAUAACCAAUCAGAAAACAGCAAGGAGACCAUAUAACUCCCUUCUCAACAUUCCAUUUCCUCUUUCUUUGCUGCUCUGCACCAGUAUAGGUCAGAGUACCACUGCCUCCUGCUAUUAUUAGUUGGGGGCUGUGUAAUUUAUGAUUUACAGUAUAAUUGAUUAUUUAAUGUGAUUUAUUUAAUUUGAUUUAUUAAUUAUGGGGGCUGUUUGUGUUACAGUUUAGACUCUCCGCCUUCCUUCUCCCUCUGAAUUUAUAGGGAGUUAACUUUCUAUCUUCUGUUCUCCCUCUGGGGAUCGUUCCCCUUUAACCGUCCCCUCUUCUUCACCCAUUUUUUCCUGCACACGGGUUUUAUUCUGCUCGGGGGUUUCUGGAGGCUGGCAUGUUGCUGCCUCCUCUGAUCCCCCUGAGCCCCGGGACCGCGGAGUACAUCUCCAGUGGUCCCGUGUGUGCUUACUGCUCCGGUAGCAGGGUGCUCGCGAUCGAGCGCUCUACCCGCCGACCGGAGCUUCAUCACGUGGCUGCCAGUCGCGGCCAGCUCAAUCCGUGGACCGCGUGUGUCCGCAGGGUGGAGAAGGGAGCGCUGAACGCUCGCCCCAUCCCCCGCCCAUUAGUACUUCGUUUCACCUUGCGCACGUGUGUGCUUCCUGCAGGGGGCUUCCCAUACCUAUAAGGCCGCGGCCUGAGGCCUAUGUAUAUACUGGCGGUCUGGGAACACCCCUUGCUUACCUACAUUUAACCCUAACUCUACUGUGAGGCUGCUGGUGUUGGGCAUUUAUAUAUAAUCAGUGGCUGUGUGGAAAAUAAUUAUAACUGCAUUAUUAUAUAUGUCUCAAGAAUUAUUGAUGAUGGGGUUUUUUUUGUCACUGCUGGGUUCUACACGAGCAUUUUUAUGCCCUAAGGGAGUUUUUAAAGCGUCCCCACUGUAAUGUAUCUGUGACCUGCUUUAGACCUUAUCUCAGGGUCUGUCAGGAUCUUUAUUUUAUUAAAUAGGAGAGCUCCAGUAUCAGUGACCCUCAUACUGUCUUACAACACUCCUAAAUGACCUGGCCUGCUCUAUCUGUGCCACAUGUCCUGGCCUGCUAUGUCUGUGCCCCUAUGACUGGCCUGCUGUGUCUGUGCCCCUAUUACUGGCCUGCUAUGCCUGUGCCCCUAUGACUGGCCUGCUUUGCCUGUGCCCAUAAGAUAGGCCUGCUUUGUCUGUGCCCAUAAGAUUGGCCUGCUCUGUCUGUGCCCUUUUGACCGGCCUGCUCUGUCUGUGCCUACUGACUGGACUGCUCUGUCUAUUACGGAGCUGGCGCUUGUCCGUGCCUAAAUUCUUACGGCCGCUGUAGGAUAUUAUCUGGGGAUACUGGGGUCCACUGUGACCACGCUGUAGACACCGGGCAUUGUGUCCACAUACAUUGCUCCCAUAAUAACUGGGUGAUACCUGUCAUUUCUACCCCAGGGUCACGCUACGAUCAGGAUAUGGACGCUCCGACCCAAGAGAGCCUGUAGGCAAUGAUCAACACGGCCGUUGCAGCUUCUGUGGAGAAAGCGCUCUCACGCGCUCUACCAGUCAUCCCAAGAUAGGGAUAUAUCGGAGGCUCAGAGCACGCUGAUAGAGUCCAGCCCUGACUCCCCGGACAGAGACCAGUCGUGCGCAUCUAAACGCUACUGGAAGGGUGAAGGCCCUGAGCCAGCUACCCGGAAGGGUAAGGCUCUUGCAAAACGACCCAAGCGGGCGACAGCUUCAUCUCUGGCAUGCCCAAUAUACUUCCCCGAAGAGGAGGAAGAAUUCACCCUCCCCGCACCCCUGUCCAUCCUUGAUGAAUGGCGGGCGGAUCAGUCCCCCUCAGAGGAUGAAGGCGGGUGGAGUGGGGAAGAACUGGAGGAAUUGAUGUACCAACAGGACGCCGGUGAAACUACCACAGAACAACAACACACCUCCUUUGGGGAGGACGUGUUCUUGGAGGCAACGGGCGAACCCCUAUUGGACCCACGCACCAUCCGGCACCCCCGGUCUCCUGAGUGGUCUCUACCCGAACAUCUGGCCCAGUUCGUCCAUUAUUGGGUUCGCAGACCCCUCGAUUGUGCAGUUCGGAAGAGGUUGAGGGCGGAGUACCCCAGACCCACCUUACCAGAGAAGGUCGCUAUGACACCCAAAUUCGACCAGAUGGUCUCCACCUAUUUGACCCAGACCGGUCGCGAUCCCAAGAAAGGGGUCGAACGCAGCCUCCGCCUUGCACAAGAUAAGGUGCUUGACAUGCUGGGGCCGCUAGCCCGGAUCCUUACCAUGGUGGAUGAGGCUGUCUCACAGGGCUCGUCCCUGGACCUUGCAGCCAUCAGAGAUUGGACAUUACGCUCCAUUUGCCUGCUGGGCAACUCCAACGUGGCAUUAUGCACGGAACGGAGGAAGGCGGUCUUCAUGCGCAUGGACGCUAAAUUAUCGGAGUUGGGAUCCAAAGAGCUGGGACCGUUGGCCAAAGGACUACUUCUCAUGUUUUUGGGAGGGCUGGAAGGCAGCGGGGUCAUGCCUCCAGCCACUUCUGGCCUUCGAGCCACCGAGGAUCCUGGACACCAUCCUUGUUUCCCCUACCACUCUGGGUCCUUCACCUCCUAGAGGUCAGACCGUGGCAGAGGAAACCGGGUGCAUGGACGAGGCAGGUUGCCCACAGGUGAGACACAUGACACCACAUGUUUUUCCCACUUACUACCCCAGGGGAUUGGUUCACUCGCCUAGACCUAAAGGACGCAUAUCAAUCCGUUCCGGUGGCAUCCGGUUGCCGGCGAUUUCUACGCUUCGUUUGGAAAGGGAGGCAAUUUUUGGACCGACGCCGGAUUUUGUCUUAGAAUCGGAUGCGAGCCUAUGGGGCGACCUGCACAACCGCCUCCACGCCUCAACUGCCUGGAAAUGAUUGCAGGGUCAUUUGCUAUACUUAGCCUUGCGGGUCACCUGUCAGAUUGCUGCAUCCUGCUAAAAAUGGACAAUAUAUCGGCGUUGCAGUAUAUCAAACGCCAGGGAGGGGCCCGCUCAUGGGCACUGACGGAAGUCACGAAGGAUAUUUACAACUUUUGCCUUCAGCGCAAUAUCACUCUCCAGGAGUUUUGAACCUGACGGCAGACUGGUUCUCCAGACACUGGAGAGAUGCCAGCGAUUGGCGGCUACAUUGACCAGUGUUCCUCGAAGUGGCGCGACAAAGGGGCCCAUUCACAGUGGAUCUGUUCACUUCCAGAAUGAACUUCCCAAUCCUGAAUUACUUCAGCUGGCUUCCAGAUCUGACGUGCGCAGCAGUGGAUGCUUUCCUUCAGGACUGGCUGUCACAGGGAGCCUAUGCAUUUCCACCGUUCACUAUGAUCUCAAGGGUCCUACUCCAGUUACAGCGUCAACAAGUAUAGUUGGUGUUGCUGACACCUCUUUGGCAGGGCCAAGCCUGGUUCCCAGAAUUAUUGGAACUGGGACCUGCUUCUUCUCCCGUCCCUGCAAAUGCUCCUGUCGGAUCCACGAGGCAACCAUCAUCCCCUUGUACUGGAGGGCCAUCUCCACUUGGUGGCUUGGACUCUUUCCGGGGUACCUGGAAUGUCAAUGAGCUAUCGGGAUCAGCUACAAACCUCCAUGGGCCCCAGGAACAAGGAGAUGUUAUCUGUCCGCCUGGAACGUUUGGUGUCGUUGGUGUGUGGAACGGAGUAUCAAUCCCUUUACAGCACCUAUAUCCAGCGUACUGAAUUUCCUUUCUCACCUCUUUGACCAGUGAAAGUCGUAUCAUUCAGUUAACGUUGCCAGGUCGGCCAUUUCAGUGGCUCAUGUCCCUCUUCAGGGGUCGUCGAUUGGACAAGACCCCUUGGUUUGUAGAUUGUUGAGAGGGAUCAGACUGUCACGUCCUCCGGCUCCUAAAUAUACAUCGCUCUGGGACGUGCACCGGGUUUUGGAUUUCAUUCAGACAUGGGCUGAGAAUCAGGACCUUUCUCUACGGCAACUGUCAGCCAAAUUUACAUUUCUUUUGUGUCUGGUGUCGUUUCGUCGGGUCUCCGUUCGGGCUUUUGAUGUUAACGCGUUCACUUUUGCCCCAGAUGGGGUGACCUUUUCGGUGUCGAGAUGUACCAAGUCCGACUCCACUGCCAUUUUCUACCCAUUUUUUCAAGAGGCUCCUAAGCUCUGUGUGGUUUGUACCCUGUCUCGCUAUGUGACAAUUACUACCCCGCUUCGAAGUUCCCAAUCGGGACAACUGUUGAUAUCCUACGUACGCCCACAUAAACCGGUUUUGGACGUUACUUUGGCUCGCUGGCUAUUAUCGUUGGCCUGCAUGGAGUCCUCAUUUGGUGCUCAUUCGGUAAGGGGCGCGGCGGCGUCAGGAGCCCUGAUAGCGGGUGCUUCCCUGUCCGAUAUUCUAUGUUCAGCAGACUGGUCUCGAGAGGACACCUUCCGACAGUUUUACUUCAGACCGACGGAACAUGCAUCGUUUGCCCUACUGGCUGAGCAUUGAAACAGCAAAUAUGAAGCCUCCUGUCAUGUUAUAAAAUUGUAGAUUAUGCUAGCUUUAGUGUACCUAUAAUCUUAAUUUUAUUAAUGACAGGAGGCGAAUAUUUCCCACCCUUUUUGUUCCCGACCCUUGUUGUAUUUUUUAUCUUGUAUGUUGAGUAUUAAUAAAGAUUUAUGUCUCUGAUCAGUAUUCCUUGUGAUUAUUUACUUUCUGUAUUUUCAGUUGCCUAGGGCGGGGAUCUGUAGACUUGGUGAUCUUCUCUACUAAUUUGCACUGGGUGGCUGCAUGAUUUUAUGCGUACAUUUCAUUGGCUAAUCAUAACUUUCGAUUCUGUUUCUCUCGUUUCAGUGUAAAGUUAUCAGGAUGGGAUCAAGUUCAGGUCUUCAAUUCGGUUGAAGAAUCCUAUGAAAGUCGUUAUUUCUGUUCGAGAUGGACUGUUAUUGUUAUGUUUUUUUCUGACUGUGUUUGCUAUCGCAGCUAGAAAGAGGAAAUGGAAUGUUGAGAAGGGAGUUAUAUGGUCUCGUUGCUGUUUUCUGAUUGGUUGUUUACUCUCUGUGUUUUUUUUGCUGCUGUGGAGUUCAAGUAAAGGGAGACUUAAGCAAAUAUGAAGCCUCCUGUCAUUAAUAAAAUUAAGAUUAUAGGUAUACUAAAGCUAGCAUAAUCUACAAUUUUCUGCAACAAUGAGAAAAUGGUGUAAUUUUUUCUUCAAAAUGUGUCUUAGAAUAUAUAUUGCCAGGGGCAUUGCUAGGUGGCAAAACAAUCAGGAGCUUCAGUCCAAGGGUACCUAUUAUGACCCCUCUUGUAUUUAUUGACUCUUAAAACUUAGCCCCAGGUCCAUCCUUAAACCCUUUUUUCUAUAAAUCAUAUUGUGAUGCAAAAUCUUUGAUUUAAUUCAGAGGUUUUUUUGAAUCUUUAUAAACUCCACACAUGCUGUAUAGAUUCCAAGCUGUGAGGUAUUAACCCUUGAUGCCUCUGCCUUAAAAUCCUAGGCCCACGGCACUGCGCCCACACUGUGCUGCAUUGUAAUGGUUGUAAAUGAUGUAAGCCGAGGUGCUGUUUCCAUCCAAUAAUCACAGGGUACGUUGGGCUGUCAAUGAAAUAGUGCCUGGAGCUCAAUCCCCCCUAGCAAUCCCCUUUCGCACACUGCUGUUUCUCAUUGUAAUUUUUACUAUCCAUGGACUUUUGUUUCUGUUGUUUUAUUAUUUAUUGAUAGACUUUAAAACACGUUUGCUUUUUAUUCCUCAAGGAUGUGUGUUUACUUUGUUCUAAAUGUUUCGUAUGACCUGCAAAAGAAUAACCAUGCUAUUUGAAGGAACACUCUAAUGUUGAGAAUACAAACAUAUUCCUAACGUUAGUGUUAUGCAACCUAUUUAGAUUAAGAGUCCCCCAAGAACUAAGCGCUAAGAUUUACUUACUUUAUAUCCACUCUGCACGCUCACACAUCUUCUCUGGCUUAGAUAAUCAUAACUGAUUAUCUCAGCCAAUCCAAUAUUUCCCUUAGGGGCUAGUGGCCACAUUGUGCUGUGGUGCCCGGGGACAGUUCUUAGGUGUCCUUGGAUGAGGGUCACCAGGGAACUGUCCCCAGGCAGCACAGCGUGAGUGUAUCAUUAGAUGUGUUUGUGCUGUUUGACAGGACUAGGAUCAUGUAGAGAGCAUUUCAGCAGUGCUCCCUUCAUAGCCCUGUAGGUUGCAGGCUGCCCAGGCUGGCUGACAUGUCCCUACAAUGGUGAUUUCCACUCAGGGUUUGUCCAACCACAUCCCGAUGAGGUAUGGAAUGUUGGGAGGUAUGUAAUAUGUCGGAAUGUCCUCAUUUUACUCUAAAUUACAACACUUGCUCCCUACAACUCCCAAAACCAGAUACAUUCUUGACAUCCAAAUGGCCACAGCAACAGCUUAGUAAACAUUAGUGUUCCUGCUGUAACAUGGACUUGUCCUAUCCUCUCCUCGGCAUUCUAUGUACCAUCAUUUCUUCUUUUCAAGCAAUAGAAUACAAAUCUGUUUGUCUGUAUAUUUAUCUAUAUGUCAGCAUAAAAGAGAACAGUCAAAUUAAUUAUGUGAAUUUUACAACUAUGUUAAAUAUUUUUGCAGACUACAUAAAAAAAACUGGAAUGUUAUCUUGAUAUGUUUUUUCUUUGAAUGAAUUAAGUAAAUAUUGAAAUUGUAUGUGGGUGAUAAGGGUGAUUGGAGGAGUUUAGGUAUGUGCAAUUAAUCAUGCUUUUAAACGAUUUGGCUUGGCUGAAGAUGAGAAGAACUAGGAUAAGAGACAGCGAGAUGUACAAUCCUGGAUAAAAAUAACAUUCAAGUUAACAAUAGACCUGGGCAUUUGUUGAUUUAUAGAAAAAACAAAUUAUUUCAGUUUUUUAUUGUUUUCUUUUUAAUAAUAAUAAUAAUAAUAAUAAUAAUAAUAAUAACUAAGUAUUUAACCAAUAAAGGUACAUUCAGGUUGCUCUGGUUUUCAAGUACGUCCUGGGGAUGUUACUUAAAAUAUAUAUGAAUAUACCCAUCUGGCCUACCCCUUUAUUAUUGCAUGGCUAUUUCCAAAAUGUCCUUAUUUUGAAUAGUACAGCAUUACAAUCAAAGCUCGUCAUGAAUUUACAAAAUUGUGUUUUUAAAUGUAUAAUCUGUGUGAGGACAAAUCUUAUUUUGAUUAGGUUUACAAGCAAUCCAGGCACCAAAACCACUACGGCAUGCUGUAAUGUUUAUGGUGCUUUUAAUGUUACCUAAGGGCCUUCUAAAGGCACAAAUCAUAUCUCUGCUUUCCUCCACAACAUUCCACUCAUCUAUUUAACUCCCUCCUUCAAAUAUAAUUGCAUAUCUUACUAAAUUUGUGAUGGAGCUUGUUUUUAUUUUUAUUUUCUAGAUGGUCUUCCGUGUCCUGUUAUUUUAUGGGACUCCUCUCUGUCUCCAGCAGACAACACUACUCAAUCCUCCACCAGAAUGAAAUGGAGUACCUACCAACAAAUACUAAAGCAGAAUUGCUGGUUAAAUGGCAAAGUUCCAAAAGCAGAAUCUGGCUGUACUCAGAUUCAUCACCACGAAUGGUCGAAGAUGGCCCUUUUUGAUUUCCUUUUACAAGUAGGAAUAUAUUCAAAUUACUACAAAAAUAUGUAUAUUGAAUGAUUGUGGAAUUUAUUAGCAUUUCAGAAUACAUUUUCUUUACAAUAUGGAUCAAGUCUAAUGGAAUGCUCCCACAUCUUUCAUGUUUCUUGGUGAUCUACUGAGGUUACAUGACAGUUAUAAAUUCUUCAUUGCAGAUAGUGGGGCUCUGAUAUGACAUUGCAUCAUGGUGCUUUCUUUAAUAUGAAGUGCAUCCAUAAGAGCUAGGUUUUUUUAAUAACAUAUUACAGAUCUCUUGUUUCAUUUUAACGCUACUGCACCUGAAAAUGAGCAAACAAGGCCCAGCAUUGCCAUGUUACCAGAGCAGGAUUAACCAUAAGGCAACGCUAGGCAGCUGCUUUGGACCAAAGGGUUAGACAGGAGCCCCGGAACCAUGAAUUUGUUGGCUUCAUUAACCAUCUCUAUGUGAAGGGAGGGACCCAAACUGGUAACCUGACUAGGGCCCCAUGGGAUCUUAAUCAGGCUCGGAUUAACAUAAGGGUUGAUGGAGCUGCAGCUCCAGGCCCAUGCCUAUGGAAUAGUCCCAUAGAUUAUUUUUUUUUAAAGAGGGAUGUAGGGGAACAAAACUGGUGUGGACUGGCUGACAAUGAAAUUAGUUACGGUAAAACUGACUUUGUAAACUAUGCAAAUGCUCUUGCUGCUUUAGUCUAACACUGUUUCAUUUUCCCUUUCUUCUACACUCAAUACAUGCAGCUUUUUCUCUGUCCCAGACUGUAUAACAGGAGCUUUUGUCUGGUAGAAGGUUAGGACCUAAGUCUGUCUAGAAUUAGGUCCAUCAUAAUUGUCAGCACCAGGCCCAAUGGGCUCUUAAUCCAUCUGAUCUUAAUCCUUCUAUGAAUGCUACUACUGUGCCUUAGUUUAUUUGUAAACUUGGGAAUGAACUGUAUGACAUGGUCAGGUAAAUCUAUUAUGCCUCAAUGAUCACUGUUAUGUAGCAGCAGUCCUAGCAACAACUUUUACAGGGUGUUAAAAGUUCCCUUGUAACAAGUUGACUCAUACAUCCCUCAUCAAUUGUAAGCUAUUUGCAAGACUGGGUGCAGUUACAAAAAUGCAGCUGUGCUUGUAACUGCUCAGAAGAAUUAGCUUUAAGCCAGGCAGGGAACAGUGCUCUGUGUUCAAUGCUCACAACAUAGCUUGUCCCCCAGCCCCAGCUGACUUGUAUGGUAUGAGCUGCCUAUUAUCACACCAUACAAGUACCUGAAUAAUUAAAUGAGAAGUGAUGCCUCCCCAUUUGAUUCCAAUAGGAAGAGGUGUAGUAUAUGUCCCAUAUACAAAAAGUAAAACUGUAAAUAUUUAAAAGAUAAGCCUGACAAGACCAUAUUUUUGCACCAUAAACACUACAGUAAGGUAUAGUGUUUAUGAAUUAAGAUGGUUGGAGUGUCUCAAAUAAACAAAAUACCUUACAUUUGAGAUGCGUUUAAACCAAUUUAAAAUGUAUUUUUGUAUAAACCAAAACAAGCUGAAAUUGUGUCUAGGCACCACUAUUUCUCUAUAGUUGCAUUGUAGAUGUAUUUAACAACAUGCAUAGGCAGUGCCAUCUUGUUUAUGCAAAUUAACUGGAAAAUGCCUCCUCAUCUAAACUAAAUCUAACACUUUGCAGCAAUAUUCACCAUGCAAUAGGAAGAAUAAAACAAGUAUAUAACAUUAUGAACUGCCUCAGAAUAAACAGUAGAUAUGCCAGAACUCUACUAUGUAUCAGUAAAUAGAAUGUUUGUAGUUUGAAUUCAUGCAUAGAUCUUUAGCUAUGUUUAUUGAUAAAAGCAUUUCUGGAUAUCACGGGUAUCUUGUGAUGUCCAAAUGUUAUAUUCUUUUCCUGCAUAUUAUGUUUGUGGAGAAAGAAUUCAAGGGAUAAAAAUAGUGUGCUUUGUGUCCCUGAUAUGUCUGGAAUGUUAUAUUAAGUCAUGGAAGGAUUAUAUAGACCCAAAUAUAGUACUAGUCUUUAGAAAUACUUUACUGUGUGUCAUAGUUCAGCAUACACUCGCUUUUAUCUUGACAUAUUAAUAGGUGUCUACUUUUUUGUCUCUCAGAUCACAGCAACAACAAAGAAAAAAUGUUGUUGGAGAAAAAACAUAUUGAGAAUUAGAUAUCUGCUUUAUCAGAGGUCAAACCAUCAUCAGAUAUGCUAAUCAGGAAUAAUAUGAUUUAUCUAUGUGAAAUAUAUAUGAAAUGUAUUUCAGUCAUUCUUGUGUAAAAAGCAAACCAUUAAUAUAUGAAAUGAUCAUAAAAUAUUUUUCAUAUCAUGGUGCAGGACACAUACUGCUGGAGCUCCUUCUCCUGAGCUACUAUUCCUUGAGUUUUCCCACUCCUAACACUCGCAGUCGGCACUGAAUCAAUCUUGCUCAGUUUCUGUACCAGACAAGGUGCUUCAGGUAACAGUGCCUGCCGCCAGAUUUCCCUGGAGUACCCGAGAGGCCUGGUGCUUAGACGGGUGGGAGAGGCAGCCCCUCUCCUUAAUUCAUGCGGCAUUGACCACUGCAGCAUUUCUCUGCAUUCCUGUUUCCACCCGCACUAGGGGUUAUCCCGGCCCGCAAUUGACUAUUCCUUCUACAGUUACUCACCUUCAAGCAUAUUUUCCUGCCAGCUCUGGUAUAUCAGCACAGACACAAGAUGGUUGACGCUUCCACUUCCACCACGGAAGGCCUGAUGCAGCCACAUCCUAAUGCACCUCGAGUACUGACUCUCACAAGGUGGUUGAGCUGCUACAAAAGCUGGAAGGAAGAUCACAAGACCUCCCUGUCUGGUUCCUAUGAGGGAGCCUGUGGUCUGUACCUCAUAAGGAGCAUUAACAGUGAUCUGCACAUGCUGGAGGUGCAAACCAUAAGUUCCUCAGACUGGAUCACAAGGGAGCAAACACUAACCCCACUGAGACACCUGGGAAUUGGCAACACUCAUCACUCACAGCUACACACACUUCACAUUUACAAUUACUUACACGUAGCAACAUACAUCAGCCACCCACAAACAAUCACACACAUCAUUCACAGAUUCCCAUAGAGUAACACAUAACACCUUUCCUCUCGUCCCACCACUUGCCCGCUCAAUCCUGUUCCAUCUCACCUUAUCAGAUCUCUCUCCCCUUGUCUUAUGCCUUCCUUAACACACAUCUUCAACUGCUCUCUCUUCUGGCAUUGUCCCUGCUGACCUUAAACAUGCCACUGUAGUACCUAUCCUGAAAAAAACAUCUCUUGACUCAUCCUCCCCCUCUAACUAUCGUCCCAUAUCCCUGCAUCCUUUUUCCUCGAAGCUUCUGGAAAGACUUGUCUUUACAUGUAUGUCUCACUUCCUCAAUUUCAACUCUCUCCUUGACCCUCUUCAAUCUGGUUUCCGCCCUCUCCACUCUAAGACUGCUCUUAUCAAAGUUACUAACAACCUAAUCGCAGCGAAAUUCAAAGGCCACUACUCCAUACUAAUUCUUCUUGAUCUCUCUGCUGCCUUUGACACCGUUGAUCAUGCUCUCCUUAUUCAAACUCUUCAAUCACUUGGUCUCUGUGACUCUGUCCUCUCGUGGUUUUCCUCUUAUCUCUCCCAAUGCUCAUUCAGUGUCUCCUUUUCUAAUGAUACCUCCUCCCCUCGUCCUGUCUCGGUUGGAGUCCCCCAAGGCUCUAUCCUUGGUCCCCUUCUAUUUUCUCUUUAUGCUGCCUCUCUUGUCUCAAACUUAUUACCUCAUUUGGAUUCCACUACCACCUGUACGCUGAUGAUACCCAGAUAUAUCUCUCAUCCCUGGACCUCUCCCUUGCCGCCCUGCAAUGUGUCACUGCUUGCCUCUCUUCCAUCUCCGACUGGAUGUCCUCCCGCUUUCUGAAACUCAAUCUCUCUAAAACUGAGCUCCUUUUUUUUCUCCUCCUAAUACUGAUCCUCCUCUUUUGCUCUCCCUUCAAGUUAUUGGUAUCCACAUAUGUCCAUCCUUGCAAGCGAGCUGUCUUGGCGUCAUACUUGAUUCUUGCCUCACCUUUGAGCUUCACAUCCAAUAUGUUACCAAAGCCUGUAAAUUCCAUCUUAAAAACAUAGCCAGCAUCCGCCCCUUUCUUAUGCAAGAUGCUACCAAGGAGCUUGUCCAUGCUCUAGUAAUUUCCCCCAUUAAUUAUUGUAACACUCUCCUAAUUGAUCUUCCCAAAAGCUGUAUUGUCCCACUAUAGUCUGUAAUGAAUGCUGCUGCCAGACUGAUUUUCCUCUGUAGUCAGUCCUCUCACACCUCACCCCUCUGUCAAUCCUUAUAUUGGCUUCCUGUAUCCCGUAGAAGUCAAUUCAAAGUGCUAACCCAUACCUACAAAGCACUGAACAAUUCUAGCCCCUCUUAUAAUAUCUCUCCACAGAUCCAUGGGUAUGCCCCUUCUCGGUCUCUCCGCUCUGCCCUUCUUCUGUCCGUUGCUCGCACCAGUACAGCCAACUCAAGCUUGCAGAACUUCUCGCGGGUGUCUCCCUUCAAUGGAAUAGCCUGCCGCCAUCAGACUCUCCCCUAGUCUUGCAUCUUUUAAGAAGUGCCUUAAAACCCAUCUCUUUAGGAAAGCUUAUGACCUUCCAGUAACCUUUACCUCACAUACCUGUCACUUGCUCUCUCCUAAAUGGCAACACUCUACCCUCUCCUCCAGCUUUACUUCACUCCCACCAUAUUUGAUUACUGUUUCCUGUCCUAAUGUGUUUUAUACCCCACCUCCUAUAGACUGUAAGCUCAUUUGAGCAGGGUCCUUUUCAACCUAUCAUUCCUGUAAGUUUUCUUGUAAUUGUCCUAUUUAUAGUUAAAUCCCCCCUCUCAUAAUAUUGUAAAGUGCUGCGGAAUCUGUUGGCUCUGUAUAAAUGGCAAUAAUAAUAAUAAUAACAAUCAUAGCAACUCACAGAGAGUCACACAUUGCUCAUUGUUAUGCACACAUAGCAAUACACAUUGCUAACAGCCACAACUCUUACAGCCACCAUACAUCCAAAUAACACACAACCAGCCAUAAACGGCCACAACUCAUAUUUUGCACAUGGCUACAGCAUUAACAGCCACCCUAAAUUUACACAACACACAAAUUCACCUCAGACACAACACACAUGCUGCCACCCCACACACAACCUUUCAAAGGAACCCUCCAAACACUAUAACCACUACAACAUGCUGUAGUGCUGAUUGUGCCAAUAGUGCACCAACGGCACCGUAUCAGAGUAAAUAGUCUAACCAUUUAGGAAUUCACUGGAUGCCCACCACAACCUUCCCUGCUUUUGGAAACUCCUGCUAGUAAUCUAGAACUGGGCAUGCAUGAUCACACUCAUUAGCUAAGAGCACUCAUUUGUCACUCUCAGCCAAUGAGCCACUUUGGAACAGCAGGACUUAGCUUACAGGAGUUUCAUUCGCCAGAGAAAGCAGUGGCGGGUGCCAAAUGACACCUAGGUAGGUUGUCAGAUAAUUCUUACAUAAUUUUAUUACUUAUCCUGGCACCAUACCUACUCCAUUUCGAUGAAAUGGUUAUGGGGAUUUAACUGUUCUUUUUAUAAAUACUUACCUUAUAUGAAUUUCAACAAUGACUAGGGGUUUGAAGUCCCAGGUGCACACUCCAAUCAAUGUGGCGCACACACCUAUGAUACUCACUAUGUUGGACCCAAUAAAUCGAUGAUGUCUUUCUUAUAUGGGAGGAUUCUGUUGACCUUUUCAAUUAGUUUAUUGCUAUUCUAAAUAAUAAUGAGUUAAAUCUUAGAUUCACAAGUGAGAUAAGUGAGACAAGAAUUAAUUUUCUAGAUGUUACAAUUUUUUCCAGUUCAGAUGGUAUGUAAAUGACAUCUUUUGUAGAUGGGAGAAGUCUUUUGACCUUUUCCAUGAAUUUAUUGCAACUCUAAAUAAUAACAAUUUGAAUUGUAGAUUCAUGGGUGAGAUAAAUAAGACAAUAAUUAAUUUUCUAGUUGUUACAGUUUUUUCCAAUUUGGAUGAUCAUCUAGUCACUUAAAAAAAAACUAGUUAUACCAAUGAUUAAUCUUUUUUUCUUCACAGUUACUAUACUGUCCUUUUAAGCAUAGUAAAUCAUUUAAAAACAAACAAACUGCAUUUGAGACUUUGUAUUCUCUUUGUAUUCUCUUGAAAGAAAAAAGCUAUCCUGAUAUAGGAUUUAAAAAGGCAUACACAUGAGCCAUAUAACUGAUCAUAAAAAUAGGAUGGCAAAAAAUUCUGACAAGAAUUGUCUUACUUAAAAGGACACUCCAGACCCCUAAAGCACUUUAGCUUGCUGAAAAGCUUUACGUGUAAAAUGCGUGUCCUCUUUUUUACUUUUUAAUGUUGCUUCCUGGUUUGAUUAGCUCAGCUGAGCUCAACUCAAGAGGCAGCAAUUGCACAGAUCAUCUGCCUUCAAAGGCUUCUCAUUGAGCUGCAUUGGGAAGUCUGUGAUUUUAAUGGCACAGAAAGUCUGGGUGGGGUUAGAAGAUGUGGGCUUGCAAAAGCUGCAGACAAGAGAAAUAAAGUUUUCAAGAGGUUUUUAAGUAUAAACCCAAUAAAAAACUGCACAAGUAAAAGCAUGCAUGCUGUCAUUCUGAGUAUACCUACUAAACAGUGAUUUGUAUUUAUUUUGUAUUUGAACAGUCGGUUGUCCCUUGAAAUCAGACUUUCAAAACAUUUACCUUCCUCCUGUGACAUAGAACUGAGGAUUCCAGAGGAUGGACUAGAGAGGGAAGAGUAUGCUGAAACAUUGCACUAUGGAUGUCUUCACCUCCUUCACUUUGGAGGAACUUUAUCCCAGUUGUCACGACACAUGGGAUCUCACCACCCAAGGAAGGAAAUGUUUUUUUAAGAUAUAGAGCCUUUGCUUAGCCUUAAUUGAUGUGUGUACACUUGUUUAAAUAGCUCUUGAUCGUUAAAGUUAAGUAUAAAUGUUUGAGAUUUGUAAACAUGCAGCAUUCCUCAACUUAUAGUUACAUUCACUCUGAGCUGAAAUGUUCUAGACUCUGGCUGAAACAAAUCAUUUCAAAGAAUUGAUUUUUGUUGUAAUUUAUCAUUUCUGUCACAACCAAACAAUAAUUUUACAUAGCUAUGUAACGAUUGGUGAUUUAUUAACUAGUAAAUAAUUGAAACCAAUUUAUGGCCAAAUACAUGUCAGCACAUUUAAAGACAUGCCCACAAAUACCAGUUGAAAUUCAGUUGAAAAAUGAGUUUCAAACACCCUGUUAAUAAUUAUUAUGACCCUUUACUAGGAAUUCAAAAUCGAAGCGUUUGGAGCUUAAGGUCUCAAUUUAAUUUCUUUGGAGACGCUUUUCGAAUGAUUUCAUGUUCUUGAAUUCAAUUUUAAAAUGGCUAAAUAUAUAUUUUUUUAUAUAUGAUAUCAUUUUUGAUAUUUUGAAAAAAUAUAAUUUUAAAAGUUUAUGCAAAAUAUAAAAUCUUUUGCAAAAAAAAUUAUUUCAUAUAAAAAUUAUACAUUUCUAUUUUUUUACUUGCGCACUAUUCCAAAUUCCUAUGCAUAAUUAAAUAAUAAAUGUUUUUUAGUUCCACUCCUAUGUUCGAGUGGAACUAAAAAACAUCAUUUAUUUAAAUCUGCAAUUGGGAUUUGGAAUAGUGCACAAGUAACUUUUUUCUUUGUUUUUUUUUUUGCAUGUAUUGGAGCUGAUGUGUACUAUGGUCAUUGCUACUGCCCAGGAGUAGUUGGAGUCUGAGCACAAGAAUUACAACUAAAUAAAUUCAAACUGGGUUAUAUAAAAGUAAAGCUACUGGUUAAUUGAAUGCAGAGAAAUCCUUACUUAUGAAUUUAUAGUUUUUACCACCCACUCCCAGGAUGCAGAAUUCCUCCACUUGCACCAUUCUGCUAAUUUAAAAUGAGGAAAAUAAUAUUUGCAUUGAUUUCAGUACCAAAACUGCAAUGACAUUGGCCUAGUCUCCACCCUUUUUCUAUGUUCAUGCUGUGAGUGAUGUACAUCAUGUUACCCCUAGCACACAUAGAUAAAGUGCACCUACAUCCUUGUUAAUCACGUACAUUACCUGCAUAAAGUAUCUAAACACUGAGGUUUAUCCUGACCUUCUUCAGAUAAGGAAAAUUAUAUGAAACAGGGAUGAGAGAGUGAAAAUGAAAGGAUCCACAUAAUCUGAAGGGGAAUAAAUUGGAAUUUUUAAUUUGAGCAGUUAAAAUGAAGAAUGGUAUUACACUGGAUUAAAUUGGAUUUUAUUAUUUUAUCUGUUUUGUUUUCUUAGACAUCCAGCAGACGCACCAUUGUGUAUAAUAUAAGAGGUUUACAGAAAAAUACAGAUGUUUCACUGACAUUACAUGUCAUAUAACAUACAUGUGGCUGCAUAUUGGUACAGAAUACAGAUAGAGGUCCUGGUUGGGGAGAUCUUUUGCACAGCACACCAGGCAUUUAUCAGAUUUGCCAAUUGGCCAGUCAGGACCUGAGCAAAAUAUAAAGAUGAUACACUUUCAAAGACAGCAGAAAGAUCCAGGAGUUAAAUGGAGAUAAAUGGCAUUCAGAUUUGUUUUUAUUAUUUUGAUUAGUGCUGUUUCAGUAGGGUUUUGGCUGAUGAAAGCCAGAUUGCACGGGGUUGAGUCAAGGUCAAGGUUGUAGACAAAGUUUUAACAGGCUUUGACUUUUUUUCAGUUUAUAUUUCUAUGUUAGUAUGCUAAAAGACUUUAGGGAGUGCGUGGGCGUGUCUCUGUUCCCAGAAAAACUUGCAGACCUGUCCCUGCAAUAUGGUCUUCUUAUGCGGUCUAGUGAACGGAAGCAGAAGCAGAGGAUAUGUGUCCCUGUUGGGUCUGUUCCUUGUUUCCUCCCUAAUACAGCCUUGCCGAGUCUGAAAGUUCAGGAUACGGCACUAUAUAAUGUUAUACAAUGCCACCUUCGAUUUCUUCUUGAAUGGAGCCUGGAAGUAACUAUACUGCUUGCUUUCUCUUGGAAAUCGGGUAUUGGACUCUUUCAUUCCAUGUAAGGCAUGACAGGGUUUAACUAUAACAAAAUUAGAAACAGAGACCAUGUAUCUCACAAUUACUAUUUCUUGCUUUCUCAUACUUACUCACCAUCUGAUGAAGUCACAGAGGAUGUAUAAUACCUUUGGUUCCCUUAGGAUUUGGGUUACCAGUCUGAUCUGCAUCACCUAAUCUUAUUCCAGUGCCAGAGCUAGCUUAUAGCAAUAUGUUCUAGGAUGGACUUAUUGUUUGCACAUGGUGAAUAAGGCAGUUUGUUUCAUGUGGAUAAAGUUAGUUUAGAGGGUGAGUGAGAAAAUAUUUUGUGGUUGCACAGACUGCCUCAUCAUUUAGGAGAAAUCGUUGUUCAAAACCGUAAUGUUUUCUGUCUAGCUUAAAACCUAUAUUUAGAAGUAACAUCAUAGUUUUAUGAUCUCCAAUAUAAACAAAUCUAUGUCAGUCACACCACAAAAUCAACUGAACACAGACUUUACAGUUCUAGUGAAUAUAGAUUUUAUAGAAUUUUGUGUUAGGCAAAAUGUGAAAAAUGAAUUGAAGAUAAUAAAACGUUUAUCAAGUGGAAAAGCCUAUGUAAUGACUCUGAAUCUUCAGAAUCUAUUGUUGAAUAAUAUUUUCAGAACCUGGUCAGAUCCUUAUACAGUAAGGUAUAGCAUAUUUCACCAGAAGUCAAGAGUCUAACAGGGCUAUUUACUACAUUUCUAAUUUAAGGCCAGAUUCUUAAAGAUUUUUUCAAAUUUGGCUAAUUUGCCCUAAAAUGUGAAAUUCACUUUGAAUUCACCUUGAAUUCUUACUUUAGUGAGUAACCCUAUAAAUGUAGAUUAUACAUCCUUUUAGUGAUAGACAAAUAAUUCUCCAUGUUCACCUUCUCUGAAUAAAACCUUUUUUUUGUUUCUUAAUCACAUUCGGUAACCAUUUGUUUUGUGUAAUUUCUAUGCAGGUGUACACUCGACUCGACAGAAACUGCUGUGGCUUCAGGCCCAGGAAAGAGGACAUAUGUGUUCUACAAGGCCUGAACUUGAAAUGUAAUGAUCCAGGGAAUAUUGACCUAACACACAUCAUGCAGAGGAGGGAUGAUCCAAGGCAUCUUGUGUUCAUUAGUAACAAAGGCUUUUUUGACAGAAGUGAAGAUAAUCUGGAUUUUAAAUUGCUUGAUGGAAUAAGAGAGUAAGGACUAGAAAAUAUAAAGACAUAAUUAAAAGAAAAGUUAAACACUUUCAUUUUUUUGUAAAACUGCUUUUGAAUGCAUUUAAAAUAUUGAAACAUGUUUUUUAGAUCUAAAUAUUGCUUUCAGAAUGCAUUCAGAUCCCAUCAUUUUGGCACAUUUGUUUAUCAUCCAGCAGUGAGACAAUCCUUCGCUAUAGCUCCACUCUGUCUAUCGGGAGAUCAUCAUUACUGAUGAUCUCCUAGAAAUAGAAUGCUUCUCUUAAAGAAGCAUUACGAUUGGCACCAGGGAAGGUAAUAUAUAGAAACUUUAAUAAGUACACAUUUCUCUUGAAAUCUGCACUUUAAUAUGUGACAAAGAAAUGACACUGUUAACUAAAUGUUUUAGGGGUGUGGGGUGAUACUAUAAGAACAUGACUUUACUGUAAGGGCAGCAUUGGGGCAUAGAUGUUUCAGUGUUGCCUGUGAUUUAAUAGGUGAUAUAGUCACAGGUGGCAGCUAUUUUAGCUACCAGUAAUAAAAUCGUUGAAGGUACUUCUUGAGAAUAUAACCCAAGCAGAGAUGAGGACCAUCAUGAUGUCAACAUGGAUGCAGUGCAAAAUUAUAAAACAUGAUCUCUGAGAACAUGUUUUAUAUGAGAAACAUAUAGGUUCACUGACAGUGUCAGAGGUUUGGGUAAGGACACAUUCAGACAUAUUUCUCUUAUGUGCGAAUAGUGCAAAUAGUUGAAGUGAGAUCUAUAUUUCCAGUCAACUGACAACAAUGUCAAGAGACCUAUAAGUCACCAUUUAUAAUAAUUCAGAAAAGAAAAGUAUAGAAGAAUUGAUGCUAGUUUUUUUUUUAAAGAAUAAGUACAGUUCUUAAUGUAUAGAUAAACAAUUAGAUUAACGUACUUGUACUAAAUUGACCUGUGAUUUACAUUUAAAGCUGCCUUACACAUUUCGUGAAUUCAGGUACUUCAUCAGGAAAUCCAUGAAAUGAGUGAGGUGGCUUAUUUUGAUGCAUUUUAGAAGCAUUCAUAUUAAAAAUAUCCCCAUAAACGCAAAUUUAAUGUAUACUCUAAACCCUACCCUCCAUUUUCCUACGUGUAACCCAAAGCCUCCCCAACCUUUAUUUCAACUUUUCUUACCCCAUUGUCUCCUAAUUUUUCUCUUACCUCUGACCCUCUCCUAACCUUAAGCCUUUCCUAAAUCUCUCCCAACUCCAACUUUCUUCUAACAUUCUUCUAAUCAAUAGUCUUCCGUAGCCCUAUGUCUUCCCUAACCCUGCCUUUGCCUUAAUCCUAAGACUAUCUUUUCCCAAGCGAAAGUUUACCCUAACCUUAAGUUAGUUCUGUAGUGUGUGACAAUGAAAUAACAGAAAUAAACACUAUCUCCCUGUUUGCUGCUGAGUCAAAUUCACGACUGGCUGCCCCUACUAUGAUUGAUCAUCUCCCAGGUCUAAUAAUAUUCAUACACAGUGAUCAGAGAAAGGUCUCAUGGUGGAGACCAGUGCUGAUCACACUCUCAGUGUGUGGUUAUUGCGGAGUGAGGUGCAGGAAGAUUCAUUUGGGGUUUUCUCAGACAAUAAUAGGAGUUCACCAACACAAGAAUGGGUUUAGCUGGGCUUGGUGUUUAAAUAGAGGAAGUGGUAUUAUGCAACAAGGUUUCUUAGUGACAAUUUGCUUGUCACGUGACAGUAUGUCUAAAUGACUUAAGGAAUUAUUAUCUUAGAAAUGCUUCCAAUUGUAACUGUACUUGACUAAUAAUAACUAUAACCUAUUAAUGACUGUCUUUCAGGUUCCCUGAGUCUGCAGUUUCCAUACUUAAAAGCCAUCGAUUACGAGAAAAGCUACUUCAAUCCUUCUUUCUUGACACAGUCUUCUGGGAAAGUCAAAGAGGACGUCAAGGGAUUGAAAAGCUCAUUGAUGUUAUUGAAAGAAGAGCCAAAAUCUUGUUGACUUACAUAAAUGCCCAUGGAAUAAAAGUCAUACCUAUGAAUGACUAAAUUGUGACAAUCGUCUCAGGACACGAGCAAUGGAAAACUUUGCUGUUUACUUGAAAUUGCACAAAAUAGAACUGACGAAGACAUUUUGUUGUUACUAAAGCAGUAACAAAAGACUGCACUAUGGUGGCUUUGCCACUUAUAUCAGUGUGUUAAUACUGUCUUUGUUUUUGCUAAAUGUAGCAAAAGUGAUUUACAUAGAAUGCUUGACUAAGUUAGGGAGUGGACAAUUCGUUGAAAAGUGACCAAGAUUAUAGAGACUCAACCUCCUCAUUCAGCUAGAACAAUUAUGACUAACGUUGACAUUGCAGAUGUUUCAAAAGUUCAUAUCCAAUUAUGUAUUAGGCUAUCCAAGGAUUAUGACACAUAUAGACAGAGAAUGCCAAAGUUAGCUUACCCAUCACUGGUUCAUAUUCCGAUCUUCUGUACUUGUCAAGUAAUUAGUAAAAAAUAGUGGCUCAAAUUCACAUUAGUUAUUUUCACUAGUAAUUUGCCACAGCACAAUAACCCAAACUGUAUACAAAAAGAUAUCCUGCACAACAUAAUGUCAAAUAAACCGAAAAAUUAUUGACAAUAUCUAAUUUUGAUAACUAGGAGUUUAGUUGAUUAUUUAUAUAUAUCAAAAUAUGAAAAUAAAUAUAUUAAGUACUUUCUUCUUUUGCAAAAUACCAAAGGUUUAUUAAAAUCUUUCAUAAUCCCGUAUAAAUUACUAUUUAUAUAGCACCAACAUGUUCUACAGCUUUACAAUUGGAAUAUAUUAACAGCAAAUAAUUGACACAAGUGAGCAAAAACUAUUUUGAGACUUGAACGGGGAUUUACCGAAUAGCAAGCUACUGAGUUUUUCUAAGCUUUUGUCCGUUGUUUUUGUUGCAAAUUAAUGUAAUCAGAAAUGAGAUACAUAAAAGGCCCUGCUCACACCCGUUUACAACCAUAAACAGGCUUAGAUUUCUAUUAGGUAAUUAGUGCUAGUAGAGUGGGGGCACCCUGUAGCCUACAGCUUCAGUUACUCUUAGAUUGUGAUUAUCAGAAUUUAGUUUUUGCACAUAAUAUGUAACCAUGCAUUCUGAAUCUUGAGAUAAAAUAUUACACAUGUUGAAAGUUAAUGUAUGAGUGAUUUAAAAUGUAUUUAAGUGAUAUUUGUACAUAAUGUCACCUUAUGUGGAAAUCCAUUUGUAGGCAUAAUCUGGACCUGAGAAAUAUCAAUCUCACUUUUUGUUUGUUAUUAUCAAGUUUUUUUUUUCAGAAUAUACUUUGAGAUACUAAGAUAUUAUUUCUUAGGUAAUAUGAUCUACUCCUGAUCAUUUCUCUUUUUAAUUUCUACUUUAAUGCCAUCACUAUAGAAUGUCACCUCUGAUGCUAUUUACUGUACUUGGUCAGUAGACCCACAGGGAAAACAGAGAAGAAAAGGUUGAAUCAUUAUGCCUAAUUAUAUAGUUUGGUAAGGACAUUUCUACAUAUGGAUUGAUGCAGACAUCAACCAGAACUCAAAAGGUCUAAUUUUAAACCCCUUGUCAACAUAUCAGCUAAAUUAUGCAUAUUGAAUUAUGCAGUCUGUUCUUUAAGUUAAAAGAAAUGAGCAUAAUCUAGAAAAGUUGACAUUUUUAAGGUUUGUAUAGUGAGUCAUUGAGAGAAAUAAAGAUAAUUUAGAAAAAAAAUAUUUUCUACUUUCUUGACAAUAAGACCAAAAUAUGUAAACAAUGUAAGUUUAUAUGUGUAACUCUACGUUUUGUAUAAAAAAUGAACCUGUCUGAAGUGAUGAUAGUAGCAGUUUGUCAUUUAUAACCUUAUUUAUAUGUAUUGUAAUUUUCAACAAUUAUAACUCAUAAAGGUAACUAAGGAGCUCAUAUGUUGAAUGAAAUGUGCUGUUCUUUAUUUAUUAUACACUUAAAACAGCUGAGAAUUAAUUUCAAUGUAGUUGACACACACACACACUUUUACUGACAACGGUGCUACUGCAUAUAUAACAGCACAAGCUACAGUUUAACCCCUUAAGGACCAAACCUCGGGAAUAAAAGGGAAUCAUGACAUGUUAGACAUGUCAUGUGUCCUUAAGGGGUUAAAUAAAGGUCACUAAACAAACUUAGGAAUUUGACAAAUUUUACCCAGUUGUUGGCUUGAAUGGUAGUUUUUACAACUGUGGAUGGGAAAUAUUUUCCUCAGGACAGAGAAAUUGGUGAAUAUGUCCAUCAACUCCUGCUCAACACCAAAAUGGCAAAACUCUGACUCUGUUGAUGGCAGGUUUUCACAUUUUGAAUCUGAUUCACUAAGUUUGUGUCAGGGACUCUAAUUAAAGGGUUACUCCUAUGACCAUGACCACUCCAGUGUUUUGGAAAUGGAAAUGGCCUAUGUGGACAGCAUUUUGUUACACAUACAGAGCUUAACUGCUUUGUUUCUUGAGCUGUAACGCCACCUCUGGUGACAUAAUUGGGACAUAUUAGCCAAUCUGGAACAAGAGUCUAGACUGGUUAAUAUAAAUUUUGUGCAGAUUUCUCUAUGCUGGUGGUCAUUCAUCGGCUGAGAAUGCUCAGCUGAUCUUUUCAACUAAUGAAUGGACGCAUGGAUCAGCUUCUGGCUUCUGCGACUAUGAAGAAGCCAGAUGUACGUUACUUAUUUAUUUGUAAUUUUCACCAUUCGCAGUGUUCUAAACACAAUAUGUUUACUCACUCUUUGGUACAAUAAAUAAGUCAACAUAUAUAUGAGUUAUUAGGAAGCAAAAUACUUGAUGCAAGUUUUUCAGGUGCAUAUGAACAUGUAAUAUGUCGACUGUACAUGAAUUGACUGCUUUUAUUUGCUUCCUAUUUUGAUUAUACUUCAUAAAGUAUUUUUCUUUGUUAUUAUGAAGUUACAUAAGCAAUGUUUACAAUGCAUAUUGGUACAUCUUUGCACACAUUUCUAUACAUUACAUAGUAAAUACAAUUUUUAUUUGCUUAAUGUUCUUAAUACAUUUGUAAUUAGGUAAAGGAGAAAAAUAAUUAUGUUCUAACUUUACUAAAGAGGCAGUAAUUCUUCAGCUUGAAUUUAUCCUAUAUUAAAAAAGCACUUGAAGUUUGAGCAGGUUCAAAGGUUAAUAUAUGGCUUAUGGUUACAAUUUUAUAAAUGUUCCCUAUUAAAUACCUUCCUUUUCAAGCAGCAGUGACUUUCAAUUAGUCCGGUGCAGUAAAAAUGAAUGCAUGAUCACAUACCUUCAAAUGAAAAAAGACAAAACCAAAAAACAAGAACGGGUGAAUGAAUGGAGCAGAUACCUCCUUUCAAAUAGCGUAAUAAAAUAGCGUAAUAAUUACAUUCUUCCUCUCCCCAGUGUAGUUUGAAAUAAUGUUCACAAAGAUUCUGUUCACUGCCUGUUCCUUCAAGAAAUAUUUAUUAAAUAGAAAUUACAUUGGCCAUAGAGUGAAAAGCUUCCUCCCGCAGGACAAAUCCUGAUAAUCUACGCAUUUUAUGUUUUACAACACUUUAUCAAGUUCACAGAAAUAAUUUUGAAUGGUUUUCUGACAGUAUUUAAUCAUUUGCAAAACUUAUUAAAUCAAGGUCAUUAUCAUUUUCUGCUGGUCAUUCAUGGUAAUUACCUGCUAUUUAAGUUUGAGGUGUAUUCUCAGUAGAUGACAAAAUGUAUUUUAAUGUGCCAAGUUUUAGUCGUUUUUUGCCAUAUUCAUUAAAUUCUUCUGUUAAAAUGAAAAAUAUAUUUCUGCAUGGAUUUUACUGCAACAAGUGACAAAGUACAAUUGUUACAUUUAAUGACUUAUCUAACUAUGUUUUUUUAUAUAAUGGAUUACUAACACUUAAAUACUGUCUUCAUAUGUUAUGUCUAUCUAGGAAUCACACUGUGCAACAGUAAUGAUAAAGGAGGUUGUAAGAUCAUGUCAAUAUGUGUUUUUGUUUUUACCAUGUUGGUAAGUUUUAUACGCAAAAAUAUUGAUAAAACAGCUAUGUUAAUUAUAAGUUCGAUGCAAAUUUCCUAAUUAAAAAAAAUAAUGAAAAGUUGUCUAAAUAA